UUUCAAGAAGUAAUUUGUUGUUUGUUGGGUUCAUAAAUCUAUGAAUGCUUUCUAAUACUUUCAUCAUUAUCAUUCACCAUUGCUUUGAAUACCAGGUAAAUUCUCUUGGAACUUGGAAAAUAUAUUAUGCCUAUGUACUAAUUGGUAGGAUUUCCAGCUGAAUUGUGUGUUCUCUACGUUGGUUGUGUUCGUAGCACCACAUGAUUCAGCUUAUAGUCCUGCUUACAUUCAUCACUAACUAUUGUAUUCUAUCACAAAGGAGAUUCAGAAGGUGUACCCCCUACAGCAAUACGGGAAAUCAGUUUACUAAAGGGACUCCGACAUUCUUCUAUUGUCGAACUAUUGGAUGUCAUGCAAACAACAGACAAGCUGUACCUUGUAUUUGAAUAUUUAGAUCUAGAUCUGAAACGCUACCUUGAUAACACUGAAAUGCCCUUAGAAGCUGAACUGGUUAGGAGUUAUAUGAAACAACUCAUAGAAGCCCUAGCUUAUUUACACUCACACAGGAUCUUGCACAGAGAUUUGAAGCCCCAAAACCUCCUAGUUGACAAAGAGGGUCACAUCAAAUUGGCAGAUUUCGGAUUAUCACGGUCCUUUUCACUUCCCACAAGAACAUAUACCCAUGAGGUCGUUACCAUGUGGUAUAGGGCCCCUGAACUACUUCUGGGGGCAAAGAUGUAUUGCACCGGUAUCGAUGUUUGGAGCUUAGGAUGUAUUAUGGCAGAAAUGUUGAUGAAAAAAGCCUUGUUUCCUGGUGACUCAGAGAUAGAUCAAUUAUACAAAAUUUUCAAAGUAAUGGGAACCCCAGGUGAAGAAGUAUGGGAAGGAGUUUCUCUGUAUCCAGAUUAUAAACCCACGUUUCCACAAUGGGAAUCAGUUGAUCUAACUAAUAUGAUCAAAUUUCAUACUCAAGAAGAAGAAGAUUUCAUACUGCAUAUGUUGACUUACAACCCUUCAAAACGAAAGACUGCAAAGGAAUUAUUGAAAACAAAUUAUUUAAAGACUGCCAAACUAACAGCUCCAGAAAUGAAUGCAUUUCCUCAUGAUAUUGAUGAGGAUUCCAGUUGGUCGAAUGUGUAAGAUAAAUAGUUUUGUGUUUGGAGAGCUAAGUAUUAUUUUUUCACAACAUUAAACGAAUCAAAACAUAUUCUCUGAAUUUUCCAUUCUGAGCGAUUUUUAAAAGUUAGGUAACUUGAUAGGGAAAAUAUUUUCUUUUAAAGUUGAUAAUUUUUCAAGUGUCAAAGCUAUGCAAUUUUCUAACAAAUAUAAUUAUUUUC